AUGGCGAGAAAUGCUGAAAAGGCCAUGACAGCCUUGGCGCGAUGGCGUCGGCUGAAAGAGGAAGAAGAAAAGGGUCCAAUAGCAAAACGACCACAUGACACAAGUCUUUGCUCGAACCUAAACGAUGCAGAACGAUUCCGUCGCGAGAUUGCAAAAGAAAUCGCCAAGAAGAUCGCACUCAUUCAAAAUCCUGGUCUGGGAGAGUUCAAGAUUCGCGAUUUAAAUGACGAAAUCAAUAAAAUGAUAAGGAUCAAAUAUGCCUGGGAAAUGCGGAUACGAGAGCUAGGAGGAAUGGAUUAUAGGAAAAUCUCAGCGCGUGAACUCGACAAAGAAGGGAGAGAGGUCGCAUCCAACCGAGGAUACAAGUAUUUUGGCGCAGCUAAAGAUUUACCUGGUGUCCGGGCAUUGUUCGAAGAGUCGAAGGAAUUAGAGCAAAUGCGAAAAACACGGGCCGAGUUGAUGAAGCACGUCGAUGCAGAUUAUUAUGGAUAUCUGGACGAUGACGAUGGUUUAUUGAUACCUUUGGAGAAAGAGGCAGAGAAAAAAGCAAUUGAAGAAGCUGAAAAGUAUUUUGCCGAACAUGGAGCUGAGCGUUUUCAGAAGGAAUUCGGAGACGACAUGGAUGAAGAUAUUUAUAAAGUUCAAGAUGACUCCGAUGGUGAAGACAUUGACACAAAGGAAUCUAUCGUUGUCGGUGAAGAUGGAAAACAGAUGACCAUCAGACACGUUCUGGUACCAACUCAGAGUGAUAUCGAAGAAAUGAUUAUCGAGAGGAAAAAACGGGAACUCAUGGAAAAAUAUCUCGCAACAAGCUGA